UUCACUGCUCCAGCACACGCACGCUCCUGCUCUGGUGUACCUGAGACAGACAGAUAGGUAGAUUUGCCGGCAGGAAACUGUCUCCUUUUUGUGGUUUUGGUUUUCCAUUGACACGAUGCCCUCCGUUUCCGAUCCUGAUGAGCUGAUUUUUUUUGUGAACGGAAGGAAGGUCAUAGAGAAGAGGGCUGAUCCCGAAGUCAUCCUGCUGUUCUAUGUGAGGGAAGUAAUCCGUCUCACAGGCACUAAGUAUGGCUGUGGGAGCGGAGGCUGCGGGGCCUGUACAGUGAUGGUGUCACGAUAUGAUCCCAAGAGCAAGAAGAUCCACCACUACCCAGCAACAGCAUGCCUGGUGCCCAUCUGUUCUCUCCAUGGGGCAGCCAUUACCACAGUGGAAGGUGUGGGAAGCAUCAAAAAGAGGAUUCACCCCGUGCAGGAACGGCUUGCCAAGUGUCAUGGCACGCAGUGUGGAUUCUGCAGCCCUGGCAUGGUGAUGUCCAUCUACACGCUGCUCAGGAACCACCCGGAGCCGACACCUGAUCAGAUCACUGAGGCGCUUGGAGGUAAUUUGUGCCGAUGUACUGGAUACCGACCAAUUGUAGAAAGUGGGAAAACAUUCUCACCGGGAGCUACUGUUUGCCAAAUGAAAGGAUCUGGAAAAUGCUGCAUGGAUCCAGAUGAAAGGUCUUUUGUGAGCAGAGAGGAAAAAAUGUGUACCAAACUGUAUGAUGAAGAUGAGUUCCAGCCCCUGGAUCCAUCCCAGGAACCUAUAUUCCCUCCUGAACUGAUCAGAAUGGCCGAAGAUCCACAUAAGAGGAGGCUGACAUUCCAAGGGGUGAGGACCACCUGGUUCAUGCCUGUGACCUUGAAAGACCUUCUGGAACUCAAAGCCAGCUACCCCAAAGCCCCACUUGUCAUGGGGAACACCACAGUGGGACCCAGUAUUAAAUUUAAAGGCGAAUUCCAUCCAGUUUUUAUAUCCCCACUUGGGCUUCCAGAACUGAACUUUGUGGAAAGCACAGACAAAGGGGCAACAGUAGGGGCAGCAUACAGCCUGGCACAGUUGAAAGAUGCCUUGGAUUUUCUGGUUUCAGAGCAACCAAAGGAGAAAACCAAGACCUACCACGCCCUCCUGAAUCAUCUGAGGACACUUGCAGGGCCCCAGAUUAGGAAUAUGGCUACUUUAGGAGGGCACGUGGUGAGCCGGCCUAACUUUUCUGACCUCAACCCCAUUUUAGCAGCUGGAAAUGCUACCAUCAAUGUGAUAUCUAAAGAAGGGGAACGGCAGAUUUCUUUAAACGGCGCUUUCCUUGAGGAGUUACCUGAGGCCAAUUUGAAGCCAGAGGAGGUGGUGGUGUCUGUUUCCAUCCCUUACACUACCCAGUGGCACUUUGUGGCAGGACUCCGUCUGGCCCAGCGUCAGGAAAAUGCCUUCGCCAUUGUCAAUGCUGGUAUGAGUGUGGAGUUUGAACAAGGUACAGACACAAUCAAGGAUCUUCAGAUGUUCUUUGGGAGUGUUGCCCCCACUGUGGUCUCUGCAAGGAAAACCUGCAAGCAGCUCAUUGGGAGGCAAUGGGACGACCAGAUGCUGGGUGACGCCUGCCGGUGGGUUCUGGAGGAGAUCCGCAUCCCACCAGCGGCUGAGGGCGGCAUGGUGGAGUACCGACGGACCCUCAUCAUCAGCUUGCUCUUCAAAUUCUACCUCAAAGUGCGCCGAUGGCUGAACAAAAUGGAUCCCCAGAAGUUUCCUGACAUCCCAGGAAAGUUCGUGAGUGCUCUAGAUGACUUCCCCAUAGAAACACCCAAAGGAAUCCAGAUGUUCCAGUGUGUGGAUCCCAACCAACCCCAGCAAGACCCAGUUGGACACCCAGUCAUGCACCAGUCGGCCAUUAAACACACCACAGGGGAAGCUAUAUUUGUUGAUGACAUGCCUCCCGUUGACCAAGAACUCUUCCUUGCCGUAGUCACCAGUACCAGGGCCCAUGCAAAGAUCACAUCACUCGAUGUGUCAGAAGCCAGGGCAUGUCCAGGUGUGGUUGAUGUGAUUACAGCCGAGGAUGUUCCGGGAGAUAAUAACCACAGUGGAGAGAUUUUCUUUGCACAGAUUGAGGUCAUUUGCGUGGGUCAGAUCGUCUGCGCUGUGGCUGCGGACACCUAUGCCCACGCAAAAGAAGCAGCUAAACAUGUGAGGAUUGCUUAUGAUGACAUAGAACCAGCGAUUAUCACAAUAGAGCAAGCUCUAGAACACAACUCUUUUCUUUCUCCUGAGAGAAAAAUUGAACAAGGAAAUGUAGACUCUGCCUUCAAGCAUGUGGAUCAAAUCAUUGAAGGUGAGGUCCACGUGGAAGGCCAGGAACACUUUUACAUGGAGACGCAGUCCAUCCUGGCUCUCCCACAAACGGAAGACAAAGAGAUGGUGUUACACGUGGGAACACAGUUUCCGACCCACGUGCAGGAAUAUGUGUCUGCAGCAUUGAAGGUUCCAAGGAGCAGAAUUGCCUGCCACAUGAAAAGAACUGGAGGAGCGUUUGGAGGCAAAGUGACCAAGCCCGCUCUACUGGGAGCUGUCGCUGCUGUGGCUGCCAACAAGACUGGCCGCCCAAUCCGCUUCAUCCUAGAGCGUAGUGAUGACAUGCUGAUAACUGCUGGCCGCCACCCACUCCUGGGAAAAUACAAAAUCGGGUUCAUGAAUAACGGGGAGAUCAAGGCUGCUGACGUGGAGUAUUACGUCAAUGGAGGAUGCACUCCUGAUGAGUCUGAGAUGGUGAUAGAGUUUAUUGUGCUGAAAUCUGAAAAUGCAUAUUGUAUCCCAAAUUUCCGGUGCCGGGGCAGGGCUUGCAAAACCAAUUUGCCGUCAAAUACAGCCUUCCGAGGAUUUGGCUUCCCUCAAGCGACGGUGGUAGUGGAAGCCUACGUAACUGCAGUGGCAUCUAAAUGUAACCUACUCCCUGAAGAGGUUAAAGAAAUAAACAUGUAUAAGCGAACCAGCAAGACAGCCUAUAAGCAGACGUUUAAUCCGGAGCCCUUGAGAAGAUGCUGGAAAGAGUGUCUGGAGCAGUCAUCGUUCUACGCUAGGAAGCAGGCUGCAGAGGAAUUUAACAAAAAGAAUUAUUGGAAGAAAAGGGGGCUUGCUGUCACCCCCAUGAAGUAUAGCAUUGGGGUCCCCACAGCCUUCUACAAUCAGGCAGCCGCUCUGGUCCACAUCUACUUGGAUGGCUCUGUCCUGCUGACCCACGGUGGCUGUGAGCUGGGACAAGGCCUGUACACCAAAAUGAUUCAGGUGGCCAGUCGGGAGCUCAACAUCCCACAGUCGUACGUGCAUCUGUCCGAAACCAGCACCGUCACCGUGCCCAACGCUCUCUUCACCGCGGGCUCCCUGGGGACAGACGUCAAUGGGAAGGCCGUACAGAAUGCCUGCCAAAUUCUUCUGGAGCGUCUUCGUCCCAUCAUCAGGAAAAACCCUGAGGGAAAAUGGAAGGAAUGGGUUGCAAAGGCCUUUGAAGAAUCCAUCAGCCUCUCGGCCACUGGGUAUUUCAAAGGCUACCAGACAAACAUGGACUGGGAGAAGGAGGAAGGCGAUGCUUACCCAUACUACGUCUACGGUGCAGCCUGUUCUGAGGUUGAAGUUGACUGCCUGACGGGGGCUCACAAGCUCCUGAGGACCGACAUCUUCAUGGAUGCUGCCUUCAGCAUAAACCCUGCCCUGGAUAUUGGGCAGAUCGAGGGAGCAUUUAUCCAAGGCAUGGGACUCUACACCAUAGAGGAGCUGAAAUAUUCCCCAAAAGGCGUGCUCUAUUCUCGGGGUCCAGAUGACUACAAAAUCCCCACUGUCACCGAGAUCCCGGAAGAGUUCUACGUCACUCUGGUGCACUCUCAAAAUCCCAUUGCCAUCUACUCAUCUAAGGGACUGGGUGAGGCUGGAAUGUUCUUGGGAUCCUCAGUUUUGUUUGCAAUAUAUGAUGCAGUGACCGCUGCCCGCAGGGAGCGCGGGCUGAGCGACACCUUCCCCAUGAAUAGCCCAGCAACACCUGAAGUGAUUCGCAUGAGCUGCACAGAUCAGUUUACGGACAUGAUUCCCAGAGAUGACCCUUCAACAUUCACACCUUGGUCCAUCCACGUGUCUUAAUCUCCUGCCUUUGAGGAAAUACAGCUGAUUCACCAGCCUCAAAUCAGAUCAGCAUACAAGUUGACAAGAAUUUGUCAAGCAUGAUUUUACUAAUUUUAGUUAUUCUCUGUAGUAAGGUUAUUGUGUGAUUACAUUUUAGGGUGCAGAUUUUGAACAAAUAGUGUAACAAAACUUAAAAUCCAAUUCUGAUUUAGUUUUCAUUAUCCUGGAAAUCUGCAUCAUGGUACUUUUUAAACCUGGUGAUGUUCCUUUAACCUGGGGUGGCUUAGGAGGACCUCCCUGUGUUUUGUUUCAAACAGCUGUGUUCAAAACCCAACAAAACUGCCCAUCCCAAAACUCCCUGGAUUGGAGUCUCCCAAAACCACACCUGAAAAACCCAUUUUACAGUACCUGCCAUUUCCUGUGGUAUAAACACCAUCACAAGGGCAAACUAUAAGCCCUUGGGGAAUCUGGAUACACAGCUGGAGAGAGGAGCCCACUCUGGACUCCUGGGAGUGGCUGAGAGCUGUGUCUGCACUCAAGUCCCCAGGAUCUGCUCUGGUGUGAAUACAGCUCAUUUCCAAAGGUGUGAGCUGGCAGCUCGGUCUCCGAGGGUGGUGUCAACUGUAAGAGGUGGAGUCUAUCGAGAAGUGGUUAGUGAGGGCAUGAAAGCUGGAAUGGACUAGUUCCCAAAACUAUGACAGAGAGGAGGGCCUCACCAGAUGGGCAGUCAUGUGACCUCACCUCUAACCUAUGAGCCUAUAAACUCUUUUCUUGAUGAAGUAUCAAACCUCUGGCGUUUUGUUACAACAACACGAAACGAUUGAAAGCACCAUCAGAAGCUUCCAAAUGACAACCCUCAUCAUCAUGAACUAUGUACGUGAUAGAGAAUCUUCCUCGCCUAGACGACCACACUGAGCAGAGAGCAUCAAUCCAGGCCACUCUUGUAUGGUUUUGGUUUGGGCUUAAUGGCCAAGAGGUGAUAUCGGAACCACUUCCUUUUACCACCAAAAUAACACAAAUCAACAAAGUUCCUUUGCUUUUUGGCUCCUCUCGACCUAUCUUACAUUGCAUCUUUUCCAAGGAAAUGUACCCUAGGGAAGUGUAAAAGUAGAAAUAAACAAACCAAAUCUGUUGUCAUGGAUCUGUGUAGACAUAAAUGACUG